GUGACGCGCGCGUUUUGCACGCGUAACCAAAGUAUCAUGUCAUUGAAUCGUCUGCAACACAACAUAGACUUGAAUUCCUGUCCAGUCAUCCAUCUUACAGUGAUAGAUAAUCCAGGGGGGUUUGCUAUGGUAGAAACUGUAUGCUGGAAUACCCGACAAAGGAUUCAUGAGUUUCUAACUACUGUCAUUUCAAUCAUGAACUUGUUGCUACAGUUGUUGUCCUAAAUUUCCGGACUUUUUAACCGUGCUUUCGCAUAUGAAUGAUGUCUUCUACUGGUGAUAAUCUGAAUUUACACGAUGACCAAGAUUUCAUAGAGAGUUUGCAAUCAGCCUCAGGCUGGACUGAUAACCCGCCAAAACUCACCAAGUCCCAAGCUCCUAGUUUGUCUACUAUCAUGGAACAUGAAGACAAGGCUACAGCGUGGCGGACAAGAAAUAUGGAUUUGGGUGAAUGUGAUGAUGAAGAUUCCGAGCCGGAGCUUACUCUUGAUAUUGAGCUUGAGGAGGGAUGGGAGAAGGAACCACGUCCUACCGCAGCUGAGUUGGCCAGUGACUUCGAAGGAGGAGCCGGGGAUAACAUUGAAGAUGACAUAUCAACCUAUUGCCGCAACUGGGUGCUACCUCCAUCAACCCGUACCGGUAGUUUGUAUCGUCGAUCACCAACUACACCCAUCAUGAUGAUAUCUCAGUCAGUUGGUCCAGGCAAACUAACAAUCAACACGUACGGAAAUGAUUUACCUUUGGUUGAAGACCAGCUUGGUGUCACCUCUCCAGAGUUUAUGAUGUACACCCCAGCGGCUACCCCUCCCAAGAAGCGGUCCGUCUUGCUUCAGACAUCAGCGAAUCCCAUCCUGGCUGCUAGAGGGAGGAAGCUUUCAGCCCGCCCUAGGGACAUCAGCUCCGGACGAGGUCAAGACUCGCGCAGCGAUGCUGGAGAUGCGAGCAUCAGAAUGAUUCCACGACCGGAAGGUUUCAUCAUCUCAACUUGGAUGGAGAGGAAGGUAGUUUCUUGUCGUGCAAAAAGCAUCAAUGUCGGCAGCUCUAGGUCCAGUGCUUUUCCUUGGCCGUCUUUUUCCAUUCUUGACGAGGCACUCUACUUUGAUGAUAAAGAUGAAAUCAUCAAAUAUCCCAGAGACAUCAAUGUCAGGAAGUCCAGGUCUCAUCCAUGCCUUCCGAACAGGACUUUUUCUGGAUAUCAGUCUCGCAAUGCGUCGUCAGCAACAUAUCUGGUAGAUAAAAGGAACGUUUUUGAGGUUGAGGCUGAAACAUCAUCCAAACUUGAAUGUCAGUCGGAUUCAGAAAUCAACGGCAUAUCACCAGAGUCGCAGGAAAUUGAAAGGCAGUCCUUGCAUUCUCCUGCAGCAGUCAUCGCUAAAAGUGGAACCGCUGUGUACAAUGAAAUAAGCAACCUAUCGGCUUUAUGUCUGCAACAACAGGACAGCAACUGUCGGGCAGCGGUGGGUCCUAUACUCAAGGAAACUUACACUGGAGCCGAUUCAUAUUCUAACUUCAGCAGGUUUGUGGCUUCAGAGCAUACUUCAGAAACAAAUCACCUUCUAGUGCAUAGCGGUCAAACGGACAGAAUCUUCCAAACCAAGACAACUGCAAAAAGUAGUUCUAUGCCGAGAGGGAGUGACAGUAACGUUGUGCCAUCAGGUUCCAUCGGUCUCAGAACUCGGGGACCUUCCGAUGCCAAGACGGAGAAUCAAACUACAUACCAUGGGAACUUUUCUAAUUCAUCAUCGUCAGCAGCACCUGAGCAGAGCAGACGGGUGAAAGCACCCACGAAGACUAAGACAAGGGAGUCUCAAAUCACGUGCAUUACUCGGUCGAAGCGGGCCUCAGCACAUUUCAACAACUCCUCCGUCUCUGCCUCAUCUGAAUCUACUGUAGAUGAGACCAGAGUCACCACGAGUCAGCAGCAAGCAGACCAGACUCGUAUUCUUAUUACGGGACCAUUUCGUAUCCCUCCUCCUCCGCCCCUGCCUCGCCCACCAGCAGCGAUACCAUGCUCGAAAUUACGCAAAGAAAACAGAGACAAUUUAACACGCUUAAAGACUGAAAAGAAAGAAGAUGACAAUACUGCUAGUUCUAGCUGGCCGAUUACUCGGACAUCAUUCAUCCAGCUUGUAGACCAGCCCAUCAAGAAGCAACCUUCAAUCCGUCAGGCCAGCAUUCCUUUAUCACCCAACGAGGCUGAACAAGAGCUCAUGAUUAGUGCCAUCCGUCCCAUUCCCCUGCCGGCUUCUCGCAUCAACAACAACCAUCGGGUCGUGCCUCCGAUUAACAUGACAAACACAGAUGACUCGGCGAGUAGGAAUGCUCCCGUAGCCGAGACAGAGAUAUAUGUGGGAUCAGGAACAAGUAAGGUCCACAGAGUGGAGGUACCUCGAUCUCAGAAGCCUGCAUCGGAAGUGGAUGAACUACCUGGUUGGCAAGAGACGCCCGUACCUAAGGGAGAACCAGGACUGCAACAAGCUCAGACACAUACUCAAUCCACAGAGCCAAAACCUGAAGAAGGUUCAAGUAUAUUAUCACCUGGACCCAAAACCACACUUCAUCCUAUUCCUAAGUCACAAUGGAGGUGUAGAUUUAUAGCAAGUACAUCCAGUCAAUAUGGUCCAGCCCCUGACAAUGCCCCUAGACUGGUGCUGCCGGUUGAGACAUCCCAGCAUCGAUCCCAACUGACUAUGCUGUCAUCCAGAUCAGUGAUGACUGAGAGGUUGGAAACCAGACCACCAGUGCAGUUUGAUUUCACAGCAAGCCUUCGUGAGCCACCAUCAGUAACUAGGCAGCCGGUGGGACAUGUUAACAGACGUCUUAAUAUUCAUCUUGUACCAUCAUAUGAACUAGGAGCCCGUUGGAGGCCAGAGCAGACUGGUGCAAUUCCUGAAAAUCGAUGUGUUUCCAACCCCUUAUUAGAAGACAAACUAGGCCUCUCAUUGACAACAUCUCGCGGUCGAGAGGCCAAAAAAUCACGAAGCUACAUAAAACCACUGGCCAAAUCAUAUCCAACCCAGGCAAAUGCUUACACAAAAUCAAUGACGUAUGCCUCUCAUAUCCGUGGAAAAUUGACAGGAGGGUUCACAUCUCACCCAGUGACCUGCAAAACUCAGUGUACUUCCCAACGCCAGACGUUCAUGACUGAGGCAUCGCUAGCUAGUGAAGAACCUCAAAGAACCUCAAAGAAUCGUCAAUACAAAACUGGUGGCAGUAUUCACAGGAACAUGUAAUGUGAUGUUUGUUAAAAAAAAGUGUAACCGAGAACAGAUUUGCUCUGGCGGAAUGAAUACAUUCCAAUUUUGAAGUAAAAUAACAAUUUUAAUAAGCGAGGCCAACAUCGACGUUAAGACUUCAAAUGUUAUCUAAUGUGUAGAAAUGAAUAGAAAGAUAUCUAUUGGUCUGUCCUUAAUUGUAUUUAAACAAUUUACCUGUUAAAAUUUCGUUCAAGGAAUGGAUGUUACAAUCAAAAUUUAAAUUCAAACUUACAAAAGAAAUUUUGAGGGGUAUCAGUAAUCAGAAAUUAAUCCUUGGGUGUAUUCUUUGAAAACAUGCAAUAGCCGUUGAACUGAUGCAUGUUCUGCCUGACUCGAGAAUGGGUCCUUAACAAUAAACAAUGUUCACAAUCAACAUAAAACAAUGUGAUUAUUAAUACAUUUUCUGACGUAACCGAAAAAAGGACCAGUGCAGUGCUAGUGGUACAACAGAAAAUCACAUGAUAAUGUGGAAAAUGAGGAGACUAUACACAAUUAUUUUUAAGGCUAAUAAUUAUUAAAGGAUUCUUUACGUCCGGUAUCGGUAAUGAAAAGAAUCAAUAUAUAUUAGGAUAGAAAAAAAUUUUUUUUAAAUAAAUGCUUUUAAUCAUAACA